AUUGACGUCAUGUAUUGAUUGCGUUAUGAAAUGCAAUGUUUUUUGUGUGCAAAAAGUCAAUGCCAUAGAAACCAAUGCUUUGUAAAUACAGGCAUUCAGUGAAACACAAUCUAAUCACUGUUUAGUAUUGUUUUCAUUAUUGUUGUCAUCAUUGAAUCCUUUGGACACCAAUUGGUUUAAUCGUCACCACAAGUACUUACCAACCAUUGACACACUGUUUGACGGCAUUUCCAAUAAUAGCAUUCAUUUGGGAUUCAAGUGAAAGAUUUGAUUCAAUCAAAUAAACUGAGAUUACAUUACAUUUGGAUGAGUGGUCGCACCGUUAGCUCACUAUAACAUAUACCUCACAGAUGUCUCAAUACCAACAACAACAGCCAUACCCGCCCUACGGACAGCCGGGUUACGCACAGCCAGGCUAUGCGCCCCAGUUUGGUGGCUAUCCGGCCGGUGCCCAACCGCCACCGCCUGGCUUUGCAAUGCCCGGCCAACAGCCGCCCAAAUACGGCGACCCAUACGUGGGCUACAGCAGUGGUGGGGGUGCGGGCGGAUCGCAUAACGUGAACAUCGGGACCCCCAAUGACACGGAUGUCAACAAUUGGGCCGGUUUUACAGACAAGAAUAUCCGGCGAAUGUUUGUCCAAAAAGUCUAUUCAAUACUUAGUCUUCAGCUGUUCGUCACAUUCGGCAUAACAGCCAUUGUUGUCCUCACUAUUGUGUUUUUCACGCUUUACAUAACUCUGAUGUGUUGCAAAGGGCCCCGACGUAACUAUCCCACUAACUUCAUACUACUGUCCCUUUUUACGGUUGCCCUGAGCUUUAUGGUGGCGAUGAUCUGCUCUUUCCAUGACUUGACAAGUGUUUUGAUCGCCGCCGGUAUCACAGCCCUCUGCUGUACCGCAGUCUCUGUGCUCUCCUUCUGGACUAAAGUCAGUAUUUUUUACACAAUUUGUUUGACAAUAAUAUCUAACCUAUUGAUGACUUACUGUCCGACUGUUCAGUUUGACUUCACUCGGUUCGGGUGGGCGCUGGGCAUCGCAUCCCUCGGACUCUUUAUUAUGGGAAUCUGUAUGAUUUUCAUUAAGGUCAAGAUCCUCUACAUCGUGUACGCAGGUCUCGGAACCGUCAUCUUUAUGCUCUUCUUGGCUUAUGACACGCAACUCAUUACCGGCGGUAAGAAGUAUGAGAUCAGUCCCGAGGAGUACAUAUUGGCCUCUAUUAUGCUGUACGUCGACAUCGUCUACAUAUUCCUAAUGAUCCUACAACUGGUCAGCGCUGGAAGGGAUUAAUCAUAAGACAUACAGUAUCUGGUGUUCAAAAGCGGUUGUUUUGCACUAACUUUUAAAUUACUUUUUUGCGAUAAUCGGAAUUAUAACUACCGGUAAUAGUUUUCAAAACUAAUUCAAACAACAAAAUAUACUUUUUAACCGUUUAUAAUACUAUAAAAUUUAUAAAUUUAGUUUUAUGAUAUUUACCUGUUAUUUGCUGUGUACCGUAAUAUACUGUUGCAUAUCAGUCUAAUUUAUUUAAUCCAAUGGGAGGG